AGCCGGGGAAAUCAGAAUUCUCGCGAUAGGUGAGACUAGGCUUUCCGGAAGUGAUUCUCCGGAAGAAGCAUGGUUGCCCCCCAGAUCUGGCCGGGUUUGCACGCUGAGCUGCCGACGCUAUGCAGUCAGAUGAUGUUAUCUGGGACACACUCGGAAACAAGCAAUUUUGUUCCUUCAAAAUAAGAACCAAGACUCAGAGUUUUUGCAGAAAUGAAUACAGCCUGACUGGACUGUGUAAUCGGUCGUCUUGUCCCCUGGCAAACAGUCAGUAUGCCACUAUCAAAGAAGAGAAAGGACAGUGCUACUUGUAUAUGAAGGUUAUAGAACGAGCAGCUUUUCCUAGGCGGCUCUGGGAACGGGUCCGGCUUCAUAAAAACUAUGAGAGAGCACUGGAGCAAAUAGAUGAAAAUCUAAUUUAUUGGCCCCGUUUCAUUCGACACAAGUGUAAGCAGAGAUUCACCAAGAUCACCCAGUACCUAAUUCGAAUUAGAAAACUUACAUUAAAGCGACAGAGGAAGCUUGUUCCCUUGAGUAAGAAGGUGGAGCGGAGGGAAAAAAGAAGAGAGGAAAAGGCAUUAAUAGCUGCUCAGCUGGACAAUGCCAUUGAAAAGGAAUUGCUGGAGCGACUGAAACAAGAUACGUAUGGCGACAUCUACAACUUCCCCAUUCAUGCCUUCGACAAGGCCCUGGAACAGCAGGAGGCAGAGAGUGACUCUUCAGAUGCUGAGGAAAAAGAUGAUGAAGAAGAUGUGGGAAAGAGAGAGUUUGUGGAAGAUGAUGAGGUGGAUGAGAGUGACAUAAGUGAUUUUGAGGAUAUGGAUAAGCUGGAUGCCAGUAGUGAUGAAGAUCAGGAUGAUAAAUCCUCCAGUGAGGAAGAAGAAAAGGCCCUUGAUGCCAAACAUAAAGGCAAAACACCCUUGAAAGGACCUUUGCGGAGGAAACGAGCCUACGUAGAGAUAGAGUAUGAGCAGGAGACAGAGCCUGUGGCCAAGGCCAAAACCACAUGACUUCCCUUCAGACAUCUGCAACAGGACUGAACAUUUUCAGUAUCCUCCUUUCUUUUACCUUAACUAUGUAUAUACCUCCAGGUUUUGCUCUUUCAUACAGUAUUUCACACAA